GCAUUAUGGACGCGUCAUCGGAGACCCUGAAAUGACUGUUUGCACAGCAAAUUAGGAGUAAAUAUCUCCAAUUUUGUUGGAAUGAUGAGUGAAAUUGAGAAAUGGGUAAAAAAUGAGGCCCUUCCAGGAAACUUCUACCUAGGGGAUGUGGGGCAAUUUCCCUUGAGCCUUGCAAGUUUCCGGUCCAUUUAUAAUCAACACUGCAUCUCUGAUGAGAUCAUGGAUGCCAUUUUUUAUCUGAAAGGGAAGCAUGAUCAAAAAUGUGUCCUGACAUCACAUGUAAUGACUAAUAUAUUGGACGGCACAAAAAGGGCCAGGAGCACCUACUUUGUGAAGAAUAACAUUCUACACAGCAGUAGGUAUAUCAUGGGGCCCUAUUUGGAGAAUGGUAACCACUGGACCUUUGUUCAUUGUGACCUAACCUCCAAGGUCAUUACAUAUGCCGAUUCCUUGGGUGAGUCUACAGAUAAGAUGUCCGCAAUCAAAGACAAUUGGGGAAAAUUUGCAGAGGCUAGGCAGACAACUGGACCUUGGACUAUUAAGUCCUUUAAACAUGCAAAGCAAAUGGACAGCGUGUCCUGUGGUGUUUUCACCAUCAUGUUUGCAGAAUGCCACCUUAGUGUCUCCCCCUUCAGGGACUGCUGUCUUUUCACAAAAAGACAGCAAUUGACACAAGAGCUUUUGGCAGCACUAGAUCACACCAAACGAUGUGGUUCUUGUGUUAAGCUGCUGCAUGGCAAAGGGGUCAAAUGUGGUACCUGUAGUGGGCAUUUCCACACUAUGUGCCUGCAAAAGAAGGGCCUGUGUUUUCUUUGUGCUUAUGACUGUGACGUUGUCCAGGUGGACAACACGGAUGAGGUUGUUGUCGUGGAAAAGGGCACCAACACUCAGAUGGAAGCAGACACCACAGAGGAAGAAGUUGCAGAUGGUGGCCUGGCACAAGAAUCAGCGGCUGCAGAGGGGGAACAAGAUCAACCUGUUGGAGAACACGCGUGUGCAGAUGGUGGCCUAGAAUCAGCGGCCACAGAGGGGGAACAAGUAUUAUUCGAAGUGGAGAGUGUUCUCCGAAUAUCUGAUGGGACCAAGGCCAAAAGAGGAAUGUGUGACCCUUUCAGAGGAUCUGAACUUCCUGGCAGCAAAGUUCCUGCCCAUCACCACAAUCAGCCAGUCCUGUCUGGAGGAGGGUGAUGGCUUACAUGAGGCCAUAGCGAAAACUGAAAACUGCAGGAAGACGCUGGGACACCUCCUGACCACCAUGGAGGCCAAUUGGGAAAAUUAUGGCCUGGCCACUCAUGGCCUUGGUCCCCAAAUGUUGAAGGGCACCUUUGCCCUAAUUGACACCUGUCUGGCAAAAAGAAUUGAAAUGUUGGAGACCCAGAAAUGAUAGCUUCAGCGAAAGUUCUACUAGGAAGACUCGUAGUGUAGCCUUACUCCUCCCAUGCU